CAGUCGAACUGCGCAGAGUUGUCGCCUCAGUCGGAGCUGGACGACGGCAGAGCAGCAGAGAGCGACGAGACCGUGCUGGCUUCGAUUAUGCCCAAUUCGAUCACUUAUUGCCAGACGAACCGGGCGGACCCAUGGUGAAGAGAAAGAAGACGUCGGCCACUUCCGAAGAGCACGACAUUUGCAUGACACCGGGCUCCAGGGAGGGAAUCGGUGUCGAUGGGACGACGAAUCCGUCCAGAAAAGCCGACGGUUGCGACGAGGAGGAGAGCGGAGAGCAGGCGACCGAGGAGCGCAGUACAAAGGGAGACGAGCGAGUGGAAAUUCUUAAUCCGGCACCCACUACUCCCAGCCCCGGUUCGGGUUCUAGCCAGCAGACCCAGCCCUCGGCGGAGCCCACCGGCACCCCGUGUCCCGACCAACAUCAUUUUCUCCGAUCCAGCGUUCGACCUCCAAGCAAAAGGAUCCGGAAGGAUUCCAUCGGCUCGACCAUCAACGGCCAUGGCGGGGCCAAAUCGAAAGGGGCAGAGAACGGUACCUCUUCCCAGGGUGCAGUGGGACAGUCUGGGCCCGUGGCCGGGUCUACGGGAGGAGUUUCCAAGACCACCAAGGGCCAAGGACCUGCUGAGAAGGAGGAGCAAGCUGGUAACCAAAAGCGGGCCCGUCGGCAGUGGGAAUCUUGGAGCGCAGAGGAUAAAAACAGCUUUUUUGAAGGGCUCUAUGAGCAUGGCAAGGAUUUCGAGGCCAUCCAGAACAACAUUGCCAUGAAGUACAAGAAGAGAGGCAAGCCAGCAAACAUGGUGAAAAACAAGGAACAGGUCCGCCACUUCUACUACCGCACGUGGCACAAGAUCUCCAAGCACAUUGACUUUGCCAAUGUGUACACCAGAGUGCUAAAAAAAUCCUCUCAGGAACUGUACGGUCUCAUCUGCUAUGCUGAACUCCGCAAAAAAGUUGGAGGGCUUAUGGAUGACAAGAAUGUGGCAAAGCUGAAUGAACUCAUCCAACAAGGGGCCACCACUGUGCGCUCCAAAGGGCGGAACUUGCGAAUUAAAGCACCCAUGUGCCGUGCACUGAAGAAACUUUGUGACCCAGAUGGAGUAAGUGACGAGGAGGACCAGAAGCCGGUGCGUUUACCCCUGAAGGUGGCGGUGGAGCUUCAGCCACGCAGCAACUAUUCCUGGGCCCGUGUUCAGAGUCUAGCGCACAACCCUCGCCUCAGGAUGGUGGUGGAGCUUCACAGGAAAGUUUCCAGCCUCAUUGAGUACCUGAAACAGAAGUGGGCCUAUCACGACCAGAGAAUUAUAAAAAGUCUGAUGGAAAGGGAAGCAUUAGAGGGGACUCAGUCCCCUUCGCCAAACAAAUCCCCACCUGAGGAGCUCUUUCUUUUCCCGGCAGAGAGCAGCUCCCUGACUACACUACCCGGCGUGGCUCGUGUGGUUCACUCCAAAGCCUCAUGCACUGUACACUGGCAAGAAAGCGGCAAGGCCCGGCCCAACGCCAAAGAGCUACCCGCUGCCCAGAUCCUGGGUAUUCAUACAGCUCCACCCUCACGGACAAGCACCAAAUCUGGACGAGGAAACACAGCUCCAACAGCUUCAGUGACCCCACAGAGUGACACUUGUCAAACAGAGCCCUCCAGCCUUGAGACUUCACCCAAUGGUUCUGGCAAGCUAGAGGAGAGGAGGCCUUCUUCUCUAUCUGCACUUCCCCAGCAAGCUGUGAUUCCCGCAGAGGAAGCAACUGAGGGAGGACUUGUUGAGGGGAGCAAAACCUGCACUACUGGUGUGGAUUCCAAUGGAAGCCUAGCAGGGACCAAAACGAUAGAUGCAUUGUGUAGUAGUGCAGAGAGCGCACUGGAGCAGUGCAAGGAGGAGCAGAGCGUGAGCUCCUCCUCCCCAGACGGCAUCCAGACUGCGCCAGCCAAGCUUUCCAUGGCUGGCUCAGAAGAAGGAAUGCCGCAGAGCUCGGCCCCCGCAGCCAAAGAGCGAACUGUCGAACAGAUCAGAGGGGAAGGCUGGAACGUCCGUGACGCAGAGAACGUCACGCUGGCUGAGUUGUAUUUGAUGUUUGGGAAGCCCGGUAAGCUGCAGCUCGAGUACGAGUGGCAGUCCAUCUCACAUCCUCACGAAAAAGGGCAAGCACCAUCGCAGCCGAGAACACACGGGAAGCAACGAGUACUACGCUGUCUGCUAAGACUGGUCACCACAGAGGUCAACCCCAAACCUUUGGCUCCAGAGCUUUGUUCCACAGCUACGUCACCCCUCAAGACUCCUCAGGAGGAACAAAACCAGGCGCUCACGCCUCCAGGAAAAGGUCCUAUUGCAGGGGUCCGUAGCCCAAGUUGUGGCCGGCAGCAGGCCUCUGUCCGAGGGGCCAAGUUACACCUGACAAACGUAGGAGGCUCAGGUGCACGCAUCCUUCCCCGCUCUUUGCUGGGCUCGUCAGGAGCAGCAGCCAGCGACUCUGAAGGCAAUGUCUUUGCAGUACCCACCACACUCCCACCAAAUAGUUCCCGCCACAGCCGAAUGUUCUCCCCCAACAAGGAGGCUGAGCUGGCCCUGAGGCAGCAGCUCGACUCCAUCAGUAUGCAGUCAGAUCUUUUCCUCUCACGACAAAGAAAACCUCGAAACAAACUCCGGAAACCGCUCGUAGUUCAGCGAACUCUUUUACCGCGAACUACGGGGGACACUUCGCAGCACGUCUGCUCCGUCUCCAUCCUCUCCAACUCCUCUGCCACAGGAACUGGAUCUUUCCGGCCAAUUCAAACCCGGCUUGCUCCUGCCUCCCUCCCUCCACCGUCCAAGGCUUCCUCGUCGGCUGCCUCUGACUCUGCGGUAGCCAGUCAACUCUCCAGUGCACUUGACCUUGCAGCUAAGACUGCAGGCAUCAUUCCUGGAAGUCCUUGUCGGGAGUCAGAUCCUCCAGGACUGGUCACCCCCGCACCAGUUGUUGAUGCUGAACCAGACCCUCAGCUCCUCCAGCACAAUGUCUCAGAGAAUGGCCUGCCUCCGCCAUCUCCCGGAGUGACAGGGGGUGGAGACUCACUCCUCUCUCCACCCAGCGUUGCCUCACUCCUGGACAUCUCUCUGCCGGGCCCCCCCGAGGAGGCCAUGACACCCGGAGAGAAUCAAACACACAUCAGCGACUCCAUCAUCGAGCUCGCCAUCAAUUCUGCCCACUACGGCGAGGAGGCGGCGCUCUCUCCGGCCAAACUAAGUAGCAACGACGGCUCCAAACUGCUGGCCUCAUCUCCCUCCAUCAGCCCGUCCCGGGGCUGGAUUCCUUCACCCAGCCACGACCCACAGUGGUAUCCCAGCGACUCUUCCGACUCCACACUGGGAUGCCUCCUCUCCAGCAUGGUGUCUUCUGAUAAGGGCAGGCGGAGCACCCUCACCCCCUCCAGUGGCACAGCUUUGCUGGGUCCCAGCCUCCUUGACUGCAACUCCCAUGAUUCCUUUCAGUCACGAGGGCUUCCUGAUGUGGCCGAGAUGGACUCUCAGCUUGCCUGCAUGAUGAACGAGAGCAGCGUGGACUACAUCGCGCGCUUUAACGACCUGGCUCAGGAGCUCGCUGUGGCCGAACCCUCGAUUUCGCCACCCUGAGGGGGAGGCAGAGCGGCUCCGCAGACCCAACGCCAUCUGGACAAAACAAAUGAGCGCAUGCUACCCGCCACCUAGGAGCAAAGACGCCUGUGGAAACAGAUCAGUACCUAAAGCCAUCCCUGCCCUGUUUGUUAAAGUGCAAUAAUGUGAGAGGCGCAUCGUUCAAACACGCGUUGGCUUCACUAAACUUUUUGCAAUGAGAUAAAAAAAAAAAACUCCCUUUAAAGACUUCCGUUUACAAUUCAC